AAAGCGCUGGAAGUUUUCUUUAAGGAAACAUCGUAAAAGUCUGCUCUAUUUUAUCGAACUUCCGUUUAUAUUAAAAAAUGCAUCGAGCCGCUCUAUAUCAGCGAGCGAAUGUCCUCCAAAGACGUGAUGCUGAACAAAUACUUAAGGAAUACUCGAACUCGUUGCAAUGGCAUCUGGAUGGUCAAGAUAGUUUAAUAGAUAUUGGCAGUGGUCCGGGUGAUGUCUUUAAGGACUUCAUUUAUCCCCUAAUGCCGAGCAAUUUCGGCAAGCUAGUUGGCUCAGACAUUUCCCCAAAAAUGUGUAAACAUGCUCUCAAAGCUUUCAAAUUCGACGAACGUUGUGAUUUCAGAAUAUUGGAUAUUGCUACUGAGGAAGAAUUGCCGAACGAUUUAAAAGGACAAUUUGAUCAUGUGACUUCGUUCUAUUGUCUGAACUGGGUACAAAAUCAAAGAAAAGCUUUGGAAAAUAUUUACCAGUUGCUACGGCCCGAAAGUGGUGACUGCCUUUUAGUGAUUCUGAUAGAUAACCCUAUCUAUGAGAUUUACUUAUCGUUAAGUAAAUUACCUAAAUGGUCACCAUAUAUGGCUGAUGUAAAACGUUUUAUUUGUCCUUUCUAUCGCACCGAAAAACCUCAAGAAAAAUUUGCCGCAUUAUUAAAGGAGACGGGUUUCAGUCAUAUUAAAACUGAGUUACGUCACAAUGCGUACGACUUCAAUGGAGUUGAUACAGUGAAAGAUAAUGCCGAGGCUAUAUGUCCUUUCUUGGAUCGUAUACCUUCCCAACGACACCCGGAAUUUUGGCAAGACUUCUUUAACAUUGUCGUCGAUUUGAAGUUACAAGAUGCCACUGGGGACAAAAUUACCGUUCCGUAUGUAGCAAUGGUUGCUUAUGCUAGAAAAUCUCCGCAAUUAUUUGAUAAUAAUAACUAAAGGAGAAAAAAGAUUUUUGGCUACGUAUUGCGAAGAUUUGCUAAUGUUAGCUCAAUGGCUAUAAAUUUAUGUUAUAGCUUUGCGAGCAAAGGAUAAUCUCCUUAAAAU